AUGGCGGUAAUCAAACGCAUUCUGGCGAUUGUGCUAGCAGUCGCUGCAUUGUUUUUCUCGAUCGAGAUUGGCUUGUCAGUGCGAAAGAGAACCGAACUCGACAAGAUCGCUCAUCACUAUGGCAACUUUCCUAAAAAUUACUCGCCGUUAUCCCCUUCCGAAUAUGAAGACCUAGCUUCUGUCGGAUACAACAAGGAGAUUGUCAAGAAAUACGAACUCUAUUCAUCAGUCUUAGAGGGUGAACUAAUAUCCCUUCAAUAUUGCCUAAACGACAUGGAGCCGGGUUUGCGGGUUGCCCUAGAGGAAGGAAAACAUGAAUUCGCGGACCUGAAUCGACAAUGUCAGCAUGUGUACUCCACACUACGAACACGAAAGGCCGCAAUAUUCAAUCUGCUUAAAUUUCUAAAUUUGGAAGCAUGGGACAUAAAACGACUGAAAUUGGUAAAACACAACGACAAGCUCAGCCGGCUUGCUAAAGAGGAGAAGUGGACUGAAACGGCUUGGCCAAGCACCAAUAUCGACAGCAGUGGAAAAUGGAUCGGAGAGGAUGCAUGGGAGAUGUGGAGCUUCUUGUCCAAUUAG